CGGAACCAGUCGAGCGAGCGGCUAGUCCGCAUCAAAUUUAGUUCGCGUUUACAUUAAUUAGUAGGUACUGCCUGCUGCUACGGUAAAUAAAUAAAACAAUUUGCAAUAAUUCCGUACUGUUGAGUACUGUACUAAUAAUAUAAUACACGUGCAAAUGUACAAUAACAAAUGCAUGUGCGAGAUAAUUUUUGUGAAGAGUGAUUGAUGAUUGACUCUUGAGUGACAGGUGUACAUACAUACAAUUGAGAACAAUUGAAAAUAAGAAAUGUUUAAUGCAAACAAAUACACGUGUGUGCGAAACUGUUAAGUGGACAGUUAAAAGUGACAACCGAUGAGAAGUGCUGUGCGCCACAUAACAACAACAUGUUACAGCACCAGCAACAAUCGCAGGUGUCACAAGGAUACUACGAUUACAAUCAGUCAAGCCCAACAAACUUUACAAAUUCGGAUUCUCUAAAUACAACACCAUUUUCAGUUAAGGAUAUUCUCAAUUUAGUGAAUCAGAAUGAGAAUUAUGAAGUUUUCGGCAACUUAGAGAGCAUUCCGACUCCCUCAUCUUGCGUCAACGAUUACGAAACACAAAGUUACCAGGACACACUGACUUCGCCACCAGCUAUGCCGCAGCUUCAAGUGCCAUCAAUGACAGCGGCGGCCGCGGCGACGAUGGCGGCCGUCGGUGCGUCCACUUCCGGCUACCAAUACCCCCAUCAUCAUCAUCAUCAUCAUCAUUCUCAUGUGGCUUUUGGCGAUUAUGCCACUGCUUCUCCUCACGCACAUGCAGUCGCCGCAGCUUAUCCAUCGCACCUGCACGCACAUCCCCACACCCAUCCGCAUUCGCAUAAUCACCCGCCGCCGCCGCCGCCGCCGUCCCAUCCACAUACGCAUGCGCACUCGGCACAUGUUGUACCUCCUUACCAGCAUUACGGCGCAGUACAAUGGUAUAUGCCGUCGCCUGCAGUGACCAAUGGCAAUGCCAUGUGUGGCAGUAGUGUCUCGCCAAAUGCGUCCGCUUAUGGCGGGACCACCACCACUCAUGCCACAGCGUAUAACUACAAUUACCAACUUUCGAGUGAUGGCUACAUGAAUGGCGUAAAUAAUGUCGGCUGUAUCGAGAUCGCCAGCAGUAAAAGCGAUUACACUUCCACGCCAUACGUGACGCCAUCGCCCACCUUAGACCUGAACAGCUCCACAGAGGUGGGCGAUCCACACAUGGCAUCAGCUUUGUCCGCCAAAUUAACGACUGUAUCACCGAAGGGUAGCGGUAGCAGUAAAGCGGGUACUGCGUCGCAGCAAUCUUUCCAAAAUAUACUGGAGUCUGCCAACAAUAAUGUGACCAUGCAGCAAAUAUCGCAUGGUAGUGGGAGCGGCGGCUUAAAUGGAAAAUUGAGCGGACCAAAGGAUGUUUCGGACAAUAUUCACCGAUCAAGCGAAAAUGCGGCGGCGAAUGCAGGUGCCAGUGGCGAAUGUGGCAUUUCUAAGCGCA